AUGGAAUCGCGAAAUGUAAGCGGCCCUGCAGCGGGCAUUGGCGUGAUUCUCGGAUGUGCGAACCCGCCGAACGGGCCGCCGCAUCUACGAUGCGACGCGCGAGAGCUUCCGCCUCGUCUGGCGCAGCGGAAUGGCGCGGAGAAUCCGCCUGUUCCCACGCAGGGGCGGAAUGCCGGGGGGGUUGCGCCGGUUUCGCCCGUUCCGCACGGUCCGCCCAUUCCGCCUGUUCUCGCGGGGGGGAAUGGCGCGGAGACUGCGGUUGAAGGCGCGCGGGCGGAAAGAAUUCCGCGGGUCGAGAGAGCAGUGGGUGAAGCUGGGCAGGGAGGGAGGGAAAAGGGGAGCGAUGCAGCGGAAACAGGGGGAUGCCGCGGCGGAGGGGGCAGGACAAUGUUAUGGUGUGGUGGGAGCGAGGGAGGAGUGCUGGCCGGUGGUGGUGGCGGGAUGGGGGAGGGUCGCUUGGGAAAUAGCGGGGUGGGGUUUCGCGGGUUAGAGGGCGGAAGGGGACGGGCCAGAGGGUCACAUGCAGGUGGGGAAGAAGCGCGGGAGGGGGAAGGGGUGUGGGGAGAAGAUGGAGACUGUGUGGAUUUGGUGGGAGAGGAUGAGGAUGAUGAGGAAGAGGAGGAUCGGGAGGAGGGGAGGGGGAAGUGGGGACAUGAGAAGUUCUACAAGUGUGGGGAGUGUGGAAAGGCGUUUGCUACCCGGUCGAAGUUAAAUUACCACGUGGCCACCCACUCGAAGCAGCACCCAUGCCCUCAUCCCCACUGCGCUCGAAUUUUCAAGCGUCGACGCGACAUGGUACAUCAUGCAAAGAAGCAGCAUGGGGAGGAGUGGGGGAGUAGGGGCAGGGUAAUUGGUGUGUCUGGCGGGGAAGAGAGGUGUGUGGCCAGGGUAAUGAGGGCGCAUGGGGGGGAGAAGGGGAUGAGGGUGCAUGAAGGAGUGGUGGGGAGGCAUGGAGGCGAGAAGAAGGCCAAUUUUGUCAGUGGGGACGAAAGAAGGAGAGACGAGGAGAGGGACGAAGAAGGAAAGAGGGGGGAGGAGAGGGAAGAAGAGGGAAAGAGGGGGGAGGAGCGGGAAGAAGAGAGGAAGGGGGAGGAGAGGGACGGGGAGAAAAGAAAGGAGGAGGAUAGGAACACAGGAACACGAUGUUCCCGGGAACACGGAUUAGAGGGCGGAAGGGGAUGGGCUAUAGGGUCACAUGCAGGGGAGAAAGAGGCGUGGGAGGGGGGAUGGGUGUGGGGAGAAGGUAGGGACUAUGUGGAUUUGGUGGGAGAGGAUGAGGAUGAUGAGGAAGAGGGGGACGAUGAGGAGGAGAGGGGGAAGUGGGGACAUGAGAACUACCUGUUGGGUUGGGGCACCUUCUCAUUCACGCUCAGCUACCUGUUGGGUUGGGGCACCUUCUCAUUCACGCUCAGCUACCUGUUGGGUUGGGGCACCUUCUCAUUCACGCUCAGCUACCUGUUGGGUUGGGGCACCUUCUCAUUCACGCUCAGCUACCUGUUGGGUUGGGGCACCUUCUCAUUCACGCUCAGCUACCUGUUGGGUUGGGGCACCUUCUCAUUCACGCUCAGCUACCUGUUGGGUUGGGGCACCUUCUCAUUCACGCUCAGCUACCUGAAGCAGCAUACUAGCAGCAUGCAAGCAGCAUGCGAGGAAGCAGCAGUGCGGUCGAAUAGGUGUGCUGCCCUCGCUCUCACCCCCUCCCCCUCCCCAUUUUCCCUAUUCCCACUACCUCCUUGCCUCUUCCCCCUUUUCUCGUCCUCCUCUUUCUCCCCUCUCACUCCCUCCUCGUCCUCCUCUCCUUCCCUCGUCCCUUCCUGUCCGUAUUGCAGCCUGUCGUUCCAUACUCUCCUCUUCAUCCGACUUACCUCACUCGCCUUCCCUACAGUACAGACAAGCUUCAAAAGCCUCCUCUUUCUCACCUCUCACUCCCUCCGAUUUGCUUCUCAAUGCCCUCGGACCUUCAAGCGCCGAGACGACAUGAUGAAGCAUGCAUGGACGCAGCAUUGCAGGGAGAUGUGGAGUGGGAAGAAGCUUCAGUAUGUAAGAAAUCCGCAUUGGGAAGAGUGGGGGAGUGGGAAGGGGGUAAUUGGUGUGUCCGGUGGGGAGGGAGGGAGUGGGAUCGGGGUAGAGAGUGUGCACUGGGGGAAGAAGGGGAAGGGGGCGGAUGGGGGAGUGGUGGGGAUGCAUGGAGGCGAGAAGAAGGCCGAUUUUGUCAGUGGGGACGAGGGAAGGAGAGAGGAGGAGAGGGACGAAGAAGGAAAGAGGGGGGAGGAGAGGGAAGGAGAGAGGAAGGGGGAGGAGAGGGGCGAGGAGGAAAGAAAGGAGGAGGAGAGGAAGGAAGAGGCGAGGAGAGAGGAGGAGAGGAGGGAAGAGGCUUUGAGGCAGGAAGGUGAGAAGAAAACGAGUGUUGUGAUGGGGAAAGAGGGAAGGAGAGGGGAGGAGAGAGGAGGAAAGGGAAGAAGUGGGGAGGAGAGGGAUGACGAGGAGGGAACACCCCUUUUUCUUCCAGGGGAGGGUGGCGUGGGAGCGGCAGUGGUGCAGGUGCAAGGGGUGGGCAGCGCGGUUGGAGGAGGGAGGGGGGAAGAGGUGGGAGGAGGUCAGUUGGGGGAUGGCAAUGUGGGGAGUUGGGAAGUGAAUGAGUGUGAGGGAGAGGAGGAGGUAGAGGAGGAGGGAGAGGAGGAGGGAGAGGAGGAGGUAGAGGAGGAGGGAGAGGAGGCGGAUGCUGCGGCUGAGCAGAAGGGGCUCACAAGCGUGCAGGAGGGGCGGAAGAGGAAAAGGCAUGCAGGAGGAGGUGUUGUGAGGGAAGGGUCUGGCUGCGGGAAAAGGCACCUGAAAGGCCACCUGAGGUCGACCAAGAGGCACCUGAAUAGGAAGGUGCAUCGUUUUGUGGGGAGGAGAGGCCGCCAGCUCAACCUGAGGAAACACCUGAAGGCAACAGAGAAGGAGCACCUGAGGCGGGAAGACACAUUCUCCUGA